GAAGCGUUGCUGUGCCGGUCAGUCAUCUCUAGGUAAGGCGGCCAGGCGGACGCCCUUUAAUAGUUCUUACUCAAUUUUGUCUGUGAUAUUUUGUGCCAGCCAGCUUAACUAAUAACCAUGAAGUUAAAGUCAGAACUCCUGGAGCAGCCAGCCGGCGAGAUGUGGAAGAAGAUCAGAGUAGAGCUGAAGGAAGAUUUGGAGACUUGUGACAGGGACGCGGCCCUCAUCAGGGAUUGGCUGAAGAAGCAGCCGCACUUGCCUGAUGACUGGGAUUACCAAUGCCUGCUCACUUUUCUUCGUGGCAGCAGCUAUUCGCUGGAGAAGUGUAAGCGUAAGCUGGACAUGUACUUCACGAUGCGAGCUGCUUGCCCUGAAUUCUUCACUGAGCGGGACAUCACAAAACCAGCUUUGAAGGACGUAUACAUGACCAAAAUACAAGGUCCACCACUGCCCGGGAUCACUCCAAAUGGAAGAAGAGUCACGUUAAUCAGAGGCACCCAUCCCAAUCUCGAUGCAAAGCAGAUCACCGACGUGUUGAAACUGGCGUUGAUGAUCGGUGACGUCAGACUCACGGAGGAGAAGGUUGGGGUUGCUGGAGACGUGUACAUACUCGAUGCCACGGUCCUGGGACCUAGUCUCUUAGCUAGACUGUCUCCUAGCGUCAUUAAGAAGUUCUUGAUUUGUGUCCAGGAAGCCUAUCCAGUUAAACUGAAAGAAGUCCACAUCAUCAACACAUCGUCAAUCGUUGAACGCUUUGUCAACUUUAUCAAACCUUUCCUCAAAGAGAAAAUCAGGAAAAGAAUAUACGUCCACAAAGGCAUGAAAGAGCUGAGCAAACACAUCCCUCUGGAGAUGCUGCCAACUGAGUACGGUGGCAAAAGCCCCAGCAUUGAAGUUCUACAUGAACAAUGGCGACUGAAGUUAGAAGAGUACCGCGACUGGUUCGCUGCGCAAGAGUCAGUGAAAGCCAACGAGGCGCUCCGGCCGGGUCGGCCGACCAACUACGAUGAACUCUUCGGCAUCGAUGGCUCCUUCAGACAGUUGUCUAUCGAUUAAUGUUAACCAUACCGCUUAGGGCUCAGCCACGACUUUGCGCGACCGGCGACGGCGGCAGCGGCGGCUCUUGACAUCAUUAAUUUCUUUGAUAGGUAAUAUUUUUUUAAUGACAGGUUAAACACAUUAAAAAAAUAUUAGGACAAACACAUUAAAAAUUUUAGAUUAUGCUAAGUAAAAAAAAAACUUCGAUAAGACCGCGCGUAAUAUGUGAUAUUUUACUGGAAUGAGUGGAGUUAUUGUAUUUAGCAGCAUUUCACCAUUAGGCUCCAGAUGUGAUAAGAUUAAUGAUUGACAUAGGGUCAUGAUAACAAAAUCACAUUUUAUGUAAUUAUAAUUUAAUGAGUACUUUAAGUUACAGAAUCACAAAUGGGAAAAUCUAGAAUAAUAAAAUUUAUUGACAUACUUAUAUAUGUUUAUUUUAUAAACAUUGAUAAUACAUUUUAUAUGAAGUACCAACUAGUAUUUUGAG